GGGACCUCAGGAUGCUUACGGAGGCUCAGGAGGAUGUGGGGAACUGUUGUGUAUGGGCGCAGGCGGGGGGCUUAGCUCCUGUGUCUCCCCUCAGGACAGCAGAGCCGGUCAACUCUCAUUCUGUACCAAGGUGUGCUAUGGCAUUGGUGGGAUCCCCAACCAGGUGGCCUCCAGCGCCACAGCCUUUUACCUGCAACUCUUCCUGCUUGAUGUGGCCCAGGUCCCUGCUGCCCAGGUGUCACUUGUCCUGUUUGGAGGGAAGGUGUCUGGGGCAGCUGCCGACCCUGUGGCUGGGUACUUCAUCAACAGAAGCAGGAGGACAGGGUCUGGACACCUCAUGCCCUGGGUGCUGGGCUGCACGCCCUUCAUCACCGUGGCCUACUUCCUCCUGUGGUUCCUGCCCCCCUUCACCAGCCUGCGGGGCCUCUGGUACACGAGCUUCUACUGCCUGUUCCAGGCCCUGGCCACGUUCUUCCAGGUGCCCUACGCGGCGCUCACCAUGCUCCUGAGCCCCUGCCCGAGGGAGCGGGACUCGGCCACGGCGUACCGGAUGACCCUGGAGAUGGCGGGGACGCUGAUGGGAGCCGCCGUCCACGGGCUCAUCGUGGCGGGCGCCCACGGGCCGCACAGGUUGGAGACAUCACCCCCACCCCAGUUCUGUCCUGUCCCACAGACUCGUCUCUACUCCAUUGCAGCCGCCGUGCUUGCUCUGACUUACCCCGUGUGCACCGGUUUGCUCUGCCUCGGGGUGAAGGAGCGACCAGACUCCUCUGCCCCAGCCUCAGGCCAAGGCCUGAGCUUCCUGGCUGGGCUGGGCCUCACUGUCCGGCACCCGCCCUACCUGAAGCUGGGGAUCUCCUUCCUGUUCAUCUCAGCAGCCAUUCAGGUGGAGCAGAGCUACCUGGUCCUGUUCUGUACACAUGCGUCCCGGCUCCAUGACCACGUCCAGAGCGUGGUGCUAACCAUCCUGGUCUCGGCUGUGCUGAGCACCCCGCUGUGGGAGUGGGUCCUACAGCGAUUUGGGAAGAAGACGUCAGCCUUCGGGAUCUGUGUGAUGGUGCCUUUUGCAAUCCUGUUGGCCGCUGUGCCCACAGCACCUGUGGCGUAUGUGGUGGCCUUUGUGUCUGGCGUGAGCAUUGCUGUGUCCUUGCUGCUACCCUGGUCCAUGCUUCCAGAUGUGGUGGAUGCCUUCCAGCAGCAGCACCAGCAUGGCCCAGGCCUGGAGACCAUCUUCUACUCAUCCUAUGUCUUCUUCACCAAGCUUUCUGGCGCAGGCGCCCUGGGCAUCUCCACUCUCAGUCUGGAGUUUGCGGGCUAUGAGGCAGGAGCCUGCAAGCAGGCGGAGCAGGUGGUGGUGACCCUCAAGGUCCUCAUUGGGGCCGUGCCCACCUUCAUGAUCCUCACCGGUCUGUGCAUCCUCAUGGUUGGCCCCACUCCAAAGGUGCCCAGCCAGGACCCUUCCCGCCGGCAGAGUCUUCAGAGGAGGACCAGCUACAGCCUCGCUUGAGGGCUGACCUUGUGUGGCCUGGAACAGCAGGGGCCGCCGUCUUCCGGGCCCGGGGUCCCUCUUUCUUCUCAGUCCUUAGCGCACCGACUUCGAAGGUUACACGUGACCUGUCUCUUCCCCCGGGAUAUGGAGUCUUCGGGGACACCUCCUGAAGGGACUGGCCUGGGCUCCGGGACCCUCGCCUGCCACUUCUUGCUUGUUGAGCACAGACCAGGUCAGAUAGGCCUGUGCCCCAGACCACCCAGCUCCAGGUAACCGUGACCUAGAAAGCAUCCCAAGAGCAACUAUUCCUGGGAAAAGGAAGCCCCACAACUUGCUCACCCGACAGGACAGACGCACAGACUUUUUUUUUUUUUUUUUUUAAAGAUU